AUGUCGUCCUUUUCGGGUUUCUUGCCCGUUGUGCUCGGUGUGUUGUGUCUCGCAGCAGCCUCCAAUGGCAUUACGGUGCCAAUUGAGGGUCUCGGCCAGGUGAUGGGAUCCGAAACGGUAACAGCUCGCACACAACAGAUCGUGUAUCAGUUCCUAAACAUUCCAUAUGCGGCCCCACCGGUUGGAGAGCGUCGGUUUAAGGCUCCGGUGCCUAUUUCACCGUGGACUGGUGUAAAAGACGUCUCCAUGCCAGGACGGGCAUGUCCACAGCUUGGCGUAACCACACAGAAUCCUGAAGGUAAUGUCUCCGACCUCGAAGAUUGUCUCUCGGUAUCUGUGUAUACGAAAAAUACAACUGACAAUCGACCCGUUAUGGUGUUUAUUCACGGCGGUGGCUUUGUCACCGGUGCGGCCUCAAUCUUCGAACCGGAUUACCUGCUGGAAAAGGACAUCGUGCUUGUUUCCAUUCAGUACCGGCUCGGGCCGUUGGGUUUUCUCUCCACUGGCACGGCCAACAUUCCCGGAAAUAUGGCCAUGUACGAUAUCAUCGCCGCCCUCGAGUGGGUGUCCAGCUACAUUCGCUUUUUUGGUGGCGAUCGGACUUCUGUUACGAUUUUUGGCGAGUCGGCAGGUGCAGCAGCAGUAUCGGCGUUACUCUACAGCCCCACCGUGCGAGAUGAUCUGUUCCACCGGGCCAUCAUCCAGUCUGGGUCGGUGUUUGCUCCUUGGGCCACGUGUAAAUCUCCUAAAGAAGGUGCCCUUGACAUUGCACGUCGCGUAAACUGUGACCGACCCGCAGAGUCCAUGGAAGAUUGUCUCAGAUCCGUAUCUGCGCUUAGGUUAAUGGAAGCUUACGAGGAUCACAAAAACACUCAGUUUAACAUCACCGGCUUCCCGGAUGUGUCCGGAGCUUGCAUUGUAAUUGGAGAAGCAUCACCUUUUAUGCCAAAACAUCCUAAAACGUUAACACGCAACGCGUUCCGGAAUGUCGAGAUUAUGGCUGGAACCACCUCACAGGAAGGACUGUUGUUUUGGGAAGGAGUCUACAAAUACGGACUCUCGUACAAGCCGGAGAACAUUCAAUCGUCCUGGGAGCUGGUGCAAUUAAUCGACACGAUCAACGAGCGCUUUGGAGCAGGCUCAAACGAUGGAUCGCAUACCUGGCAUCAACUUUUCGGCACGUUCCUCACGACAGAGAUACAUCGGGCGAACUACACAGAACUUCUCCCUGGAUUGGUGGACAUAUGUGGCAAUCUCGCCAUUAAAGCACCCGUUUUGCAGGACGUUACACGUUUCGCGCACGCCAACCCGGAUAAAGUUUAUUUGUACAGCUUCGACUACAGUGGCACCCCAUCGAUAUACAAUUUUUCGAACCAACAAGACUUCUACUACCCUUACCAUAACAACUCGUUUCAUGCCGAGGAUCUGUUCUAUCUGUUUCCUCUUGGGUAUCGUCUCGAUCAACAAGAUACGGAGGUCGCUAAAACGAUGGUUGAUCUGUGGACUACGUUUGCCAUGCGUGGACGACCAACAGCAUCGGCAGUGCAGAAAACCUGGAGCCCUGUUGCACAUUUCAACGGUCCGUACCUUAAAAUAGGCAAACAGUGCGAGGAAUUUCAAAAUUAUUUCAACGAAUUCACGGCAUCCACCGAUAAGGCAAGACACCAGCGUUCCACCGCUAGUUUGUUGCACGUUUCAUAUCUAGCUGCUAGUUUAGCUCUAAUGUUUAGUAUAGUAAGCAGCUUCAUACAAUAAAUAAUAUAGUUUUGAAGUUGGAAAUAAUA